CAGAUGAGUUGGUGCGUCGCUGUCGUCCUGACGGUGCUGCAGCUCUGCAGCCCGGCGCUGCAGUCCAACCCACAGCUCUACGUGUCCCAGGACGGACAAGAGGAACCCAAGCUGUGGCUUAACCCCACAAAGGAAGAUGUUGUUCCUUCUCGUGAUGUCAUCAACCCUCCGUACGUUAGAGACUUCCCAGGAACUGAGACGACCCCUCACUCCUUCCCCAUGUUUGAGGAACACGUCAACCUCAAGUGGGUCACGUGGAACGGCUCCUUCCCCAACGGCGCCGUCGCCAUCUUCAACGGCUACACCGAACGCACCGACUACGUUUGCAAAGUCAACUGCGAGGCCGGUUUCUACACCCACAGCAAAGGAGGCUUCUGCCAGUACCCCUACGCCGACAGCGAGUAUUCAUCCUCCAAGUUUGAAAUGCUGGUCAACGUCGACCACUUUGAGUUCCUGCAGUGGGUUGAAGACUCGUACGGAUCCGUCCCCAAGUAUUCUGUGAAAACCUGCCCCAACUCAGACAUCUACGUGGGGAAAAACAAGUACGGACUUGGCAAAGUGGUGACCCAGCACGAGGCCUUCUUCCUCCCGUGGGAGGGCGACGAGUACUGGUAUAAGUCGUACCAGGUCCUGGCGAUCAACAGGGACGUCUACAGCCAGCACAUCUCUCAUGUGGAGUACGCCGUCGACAAGAUGGAGCUGUACCACCAACCUCCCGAGGCCCUGAAGCUCGCCAAGGUCACCAACCUGGAGUGCAGAGACGUGGUGAAGGUGGUGCAGCUGGAGAAGACCAGCACGGUGGAGAAGAGCUGGAACAUCGGGAGGGAAACCCGCAACGGCUCCGUCUCAACCAUGAAGGCCAAAGUGCCCAUCAUCAGCCCGGGGACGGUGGACUUCACCAAGGAGCAGACGGUGACCUUCUCCGAGGGAACCACCACGGUGGAGUCCAUCAGCCACUCGGUCUCCGUGGAGCUGCUCGUCCCACCCAACCACUCCUGCACUGUGAGGAUGGACGGCCGCAAGAUGAUCGCCGACAUCCCCUUCACCGGCAGGCUGAGCAGGACCAACCACCAAGGAGAGACCCACUGGACGUACAUGACGGGCACCUACAGCGACGUGAACGUCGGCGAGAUCAACUCUGUGGUGGAGCGGUGUCAGCCGGUGCCUGACGCUGACCCCUGCCCCUCGGCUCAAGACUGA